UUUCAAUCCCAGCACAUCUCCUGUUCCUUAUACAGGCAAAUAUCAACUUGUCCAAUAUACGAGAUUUUAGCGGAAAGUUCCUUUGAGUUGGUAUUGAUGGUGUCCGUCACGACCGAGUACAUUAGUGUUGGGGGGAACAGGCACUCGGCCGCUGCGGAUUGGGAUGUUCAGUCAGGCAUCCUCGCGUUUGGUGCAGACAAUAAUAUCGCCCUAUGGGAUCCCAGGGACACUUCCCACCAUGGAGUCUACUCUCUGCUAUCUGGACACGCCGACAAGGUCACUGCUGUCAGAUUUCACAGAUGUCCCUCGACUGGUACGAGCGUUCUUCUAACUGGAUCUGUGGAUCGAACGAUACGACUAUGGCGAUCAGACCCAGAUAACGCUCGUCGGUUCACGCAUGCGUGCACUCUCGAAGGCCACGAGGGCUCGAUCAACACAAUAGCUGUAGCCGACGGCACAGAUAUCUUUGCUUCAGGAGCAGCGGAUGGAACGGUUAAGGUCUGGAGGCUUACGCUACGAGAAAGUAGUGCUGGGGAGCCGUUGAAGACAAUAUCCAUGAAACCACGUUUUUUCCCGUUGGCUUUGUCUCUGAAGCGACUUCAGACAUCUGAGGAUGACCAGUCUAUGUUGUUAGCUGUCGCAGGCACUACGAAUGUUGUGCAGAUAUACGUUGCAGACAACCUGCUCGUCGAUGCUGACUUUAGACUUGGAGCAGCACUUACGGGCCAUGAAGGCUGGGUGAGGUCUUUGUCCUUUACGAUCGAUCGGCGAAGCAAGACUCACGACCUUCUACUUGCCUCUGCUAGCCAGGACAAGUAUACUCGACUUUGGCGAGUGCAGAGAGGUGGUGUGGCUCCUAUUGCGCUGGCCGAUGAAGACCCAAUGCUUGGUGGCAUGGAACCAACGUUGUCUAACAAGGCUCAUGAAUUCGAAGCAGCAGGGUCAAAGUACUCUAUAACCUUUGAGGCCCUUCUUUUCGGAAAUGAAGAUUGGAUAUAUACUGUGGCAUGGAACCCGGACUCUCAACGAACGCAACUCCUAACGGCCUCCGCCGAUAAUACAUUAACCAUAUGGGAGCCUGAUCCAGUCUCGGGGGUUUGGUUUUCAACAGAGCGUAUGGGAGAGAUGAGUGUACAGAAGGGCUCUACUUCAGCAACCGGUAGUACAGGUGGUUUUUGGAUAGGCCUCUGGUCCCCGGACGGUAAACAGGUUGUCUGCCUGGGCCGAACGGGCAGUUGGAGGGCGUGGAAAUACGAUGAGCAUGCAGAGAUUUGGGUUCAAGCGCUAGGAAUCUCCGGUCACGUCCGAUCCGUCAAUGACAUACAGUGGGAUGUUAACGGAGGGUAUCUUCUUUCAACUAGCUCAGAUCAGACAACACGGCUCCAUGCGGAAUGGCUCCGUGAUGGCCUGCAAUCGUGGCAUGAGUUUUCUAGGCCACAGAUUCAUGGAUAUGACCUCAAUUGUAUCGAUACAUUGGGUUCCUCGCGUUUUGUUUCUGGUGCAGAUGAGAAACUCUUGCGGAUUUUCAACCAGCCGAAGCCAAUUGCCCGACUAUUGGAGAAGCUUUCUGGAUUUAGAGGAUCGACCGAAGAUCUUCCAGACACUGCAGAGAUCCCAGUACUCGGACUGUCAAAUAAACCAAUUGGAGAGGGCGUCCCACUGGAGGAGGGAGGGGUGGGUAGCUCGACUACUGGCCAGCCUCAGACCACUCAAUCUGCGUUAUUCGACCUGAACCAUCCGCCACUUGAAGACCAUCUAGCUCGUUACACACUGUGGCCAGAGCACGAGAAAUUAUAUGGCCAUGGUUAUGAAAUAUCUGCCGUGGCUGUCAGCCACGACCGCACGCUCAUUGCUACUGCUUGCAAAGCAAGUUCAAUUGACCAUGCGGUGAUACGUUUAUAUGAUACGUCUGAUUGGCAUGAAAUAAAGCCUUCCCUCGUCGCACACUCUCUGACCAUCACAAGCCUAUGCUUCUCUGGGGAUGACCAUUAUCUUCUCAGCGUCGGAAGAGAUCGACAGUGGGCAGUUUUCGAGCGGAAUGAGCAAGAUCUGUCAUCCUUCUCACUCUUUACCUCGAAUCCGAAGGGCCAUUCGAGAAUGAUUCUUGGGGCAGCGUGGGCUCCAAUGUCGGAAAUUCCCGUCUUUGCAACGGCAGGCCGUGACAAGUCGGUGAAAAUUUGGAAAAUGGAGGAAGACACAUUUACUUGCAAAUCGACAGCCUCCUUCAAGACAUCCGUUACGGCUAUUUCUUUCUUGCCGACUAGGCAGAAAGGCUCAUUCAUUCUCGCGACAGGGGAGGACAGUGGUGAGAUUUCUAUCUACCAGGUUGAAAAUGACAGUCUCGAACUUCGCAAUAUUGCUGUGGUUGACAAGUUUAUAUCCCCAUCAAAGACGGUGACGCAGCUGUCGUGGCGCCCUGCCAGUUCAACGGAACCGGAUGGGGUCUCUGACAAAGAAAAGCAGGAUGGACUGAGUUUUGAGCUUGCAGUAGCGAGUGAGGACAUCUCGACACGCAUAUAUGCCAUUCAGAACAUGCAUCUGUGAAAUAUAGUGUAGUUGGUACAGGGAAGGCCAAAAGAAGUUAAAUCAAAUGAAUCUCCGAGGACAUAAACCAACAGACAUAAUUAACGGCAAAUUCAGAAACUCCUGGGAUGUUGAAUGAACCCAAUGUUGAAUAUAAAAUGCUCCCCAUUGAACCCCGACCAUGCCUGUAGCGUAUAAUAGUUGAAUAUUUAAAUAGACGUCAGAUUCAAAUUUUAAACCUCCACUGGGAAACUAGCCCCUUUUCUCGAAACCAUACCCACCUUUCCCUUCCAGAGACUCAUAGGUCUUCUCCUGGCUUGGUCUCUGAUUUCUAGGGCCUCUGGCCUGUAAAUCCUCUUUGAGCCAUUUGAGAACGAGUUCACCCAAUUGGCUAUUUUCGCCGGUCCCUUGAGGGGCUUCAACCUUGAAUUCUUCAAUGGGGCCCGCUUGUCUGACAUUGCCGAGGUGCAUGUGCACUAGAUGGGUUGGCCAUUGAGCCAGGUUGUCCAGGAUGUGCGUAGCGUAGACAAUCGUGCAGGGCCUCGAUUCAGUUUCCUGUUUGAGCCAAGCAAGGAAAUUGCUCCGUGAAAGUAGAUCUAAAUCCACGGUGAUUUCGUCAAGGAGCAAUACUUGCCAGGGGCGAAGUAAGCCCAUGGCAAGCUGGACUCGACGUCGUUCACCGUCUGAAACGGCAUGCAUGCGCCAGCGCAGGUCUAUGUCAAGGAUGCGCACGAGCUCAUCCCUUCGCUCGUGAUAAGCAUUACCUCCAACAGAGGCAAGAAGUGCCGGGACAUCAAUGUCCGUCCGAACGAUGGGAUUGAGAACCCAUUCAACCCCGAGAUAAGUCACACCCUCCAGUCCUUGUUGGAAGGGAUCAAUGCCGGCCACGGUUAUCGUGUUGGAGGGUGCCAGACGUUUCCCUGCCAGUAAGCGCAGAAGGGUCGUCUUCCCAGCACCGUUGGCUACCAAUUCAAAAUAUUAGCUUUUUUUUUCUCUGUAUACUCACUUCUUGUCUCUGUUUUAACCUACCGCCGAUGAGCAGGGUUCUGCUCCCUGCAGGGAGGUCUAGGUUUAUAUCUACCAGACCGGGUGUGCCAUCCUGAAACUUGUAAGACAGGUCCUUGACAACGAUCGACGGGGGCUCUAUACUUGAAUUAUUGAAAGCCAUUUCUCCCCCUUCUUUGUUGAAUAUACCAAGAACGACCAUAGAAGUUAGAAUUGACUCACCGUAGGAUUU